AUGGAUCUGCGACAAAUCUCAGCUCUUCUCUCCUCGUCCCCCGCCGCAUUCCCCAAUUGCUGUCUAGCCCUGUCUACUCCCCUCCUCGCCCGAUUAGCGUCGCUCCUCCCCACCACCCCACAGUUCACCCUUUCAAUCGGCAGCGGCGCCGGCCUUCUCGAAGCCCUGCUUGCUUAUCUUUAUCCCAGUGUCCCAAUUGAGGGUGUGGAAGUCAACUCCUCCGUGAACCUCUAUGUCGAAGAGCAGGAUAUGAAUGUGGUUGGCGGCACAUGGGAUCUCCUUCCCCGUGCGUCCGACGCGACGGCGUGGAUGUUUGUCUACCCUCGUGAACCGAAGCUGGUCACCAAAUACAUUAAGACGUACGGGCUGGGGAUCAAGAUGGUUCUGUGGCUUGGGCCAAGAGCUGAUUGGGCCGACUACGAGGCUUGUUUUCGGGAUUCGGCAUAUUCUCACCUGAGUUUCGAAGAGGAUGUGGGGUUAGCUGAGUACGAGAUGCUGGUUAUUGCCAGGAAAUGCUGUCCAUAA